CAGACACCGACGCCGCGGCCAGGCGCACUCGGCGCUCGGCAGGCUAUGCCUGCGCCUGCCCCGCCCCGUCCCGCCCCGUGCGUCGGCGUCGGCCGGAAGCGCCUGCUCCCGCAUGCGGCACUGAGCGGAGGAGCGGCCAGAUAAAGUGUAGCAAUGGCUGCUAUUUAUUCUGGCAUUUCCCUUAAGCUUAAAAGCAAGACAACUUCCUGGGAAGAUAAACUAAAACUAGCUCACUUUGCUUGGAUUUCCCACCAGUGCUUUCUUCCAAAUAAAGAACAAGUUUUACUUGAUUGGGCAAGACAGUCAUUGGUUGCGUUUUAUAAGAAAAAACUUGAACUGAAGGAAGAAGUUGUUGAAAGGCUUUGGAUCUAUGUAGACAACAUUCUACAUAGCAGAAAAUUGCAGAAUCUCCUCAAGAAUGGAAAGACAAUUAACCUUCAGAUUUCUCUUGUCAAGAUGAUAAAUGAAAGAGUAUCUGAAUUCUCCUUCUCUGGAUCCCAAAGAAACAUGUGUGCUGUCCUGAACUGCUGCCAGGGCAUCCUCUCAACACCUGCCCUUGUUGUCAUCUAUACCGCCAAACAGGAACUGUUGGUGGCCUUGCUCAGUCACCUUUGCUGGUCAGCCUGCAGGCAGCCAGAAAGUACAGUGACAGCUCAGCUAUUUGAGGUCAUUCACCUGGCCCUUGGCCAUUAUCUUUCUAUCCAGCAACAACAAGCCAACCCCCGACGUGUCUUUGUGGAUGUAACUGGGCACCUGCUACAGCCUUGCCUAGUCCUGAGGUACCUGCUGUCUGGGAGCACUUGGACACAGGACCAGCUGCGGCAGGUGCUAAGCCGGGAUAUCAGGAGUCAGAUUGAGGCCAUGCUUCGAGGUGGAGUUUUUCGGCCAGAUUUGCUCUCAUCCUACAAAGAAGAGCUCUUGGACCAGCAGCAAAGUGACUCAAAGAUGGGAACCAUGAAGAGUCUUCUUGCUCCUCUGGACACUGUGAUUACCAGGCUGGUAGAUGCUGAUUUCUGUGAGCCACGCCUUCAUGCCUCUGUGGUGGCCAGCUCUGUGGCCCUGCUGUAUAGGCUCUUUCUGGAUUCUUACCUCAAAGAGGGAAACCAGUUUCUCUGCUUUCAGGCUCUCCCCAGGCUGUUUGGCUGUUUGCAAAUUUUACACCUGCAGGAAGAGCAGCUGAAAGCCUUGUCCACAUCAGAUUGGACCACAGAGCUCCUGGUUGUAGAACAGCUGCUAAACUUUGUGGCCAGCAACAAUAUCUACAACGUGGCUGCUGACAGGAUCCGGCAUGAGGAGGCACAGUUCUGUUUCUACCGGCGAUUGGCUGAGCUGCUGAUAAACCACCCACAUGCAUCUGUGCCAGCGUGGUUCCGCUGUCUAAAGAUUUUAAUGUCUCUGAAUCAUUUGAUUCUGGAGCCAGACCUGGAUGACCUAUUGUCUUCAGCUUGGAUUGAUGCAGAAGUAACGGAGUUUCGAGCCAAGAAAGCCCAAGAGAUGCUAAUUGACAUCCUCUUUCAGACAUAUGCCAAACUCCGACAGGUGCCACGGUUGUUUGAGGAAGUUUUAGGGGUGAUCUGCCGUCCAGCUGCUGAGACACUGAGGCAGCCUGUACUGACUUCAGGCCCCUCCACAGUGCUCAGUGCCUGCCUCCUGGAGCUGCCACCCAGUCAGAUCCUGGACACAUGGUCCCUUGUGCUAGAGAAGUUCCAGGCUAUAGUCCUACCCUGCUUGGAGAGUGAUACUGAUAUGGCGCUGAAGUCUCGCUCCCUGAGUUCAUUGCUGCACUGCAUCAUGUUCAACAUGCGGAGUCUAGAUAGCAAUACACCCCUGCCCAUCAUCAGGCGGACACAGUGUGUAAUGGAGAGGAUGCUAGGAGAUCUAGUGAAGCCCUUGCUGGCCCUUCUCCCUGGCUCCCCAGGUCCAGAGCCUGAGUUGUGGGUGCAGAAGGUGAGUGACUCUGCACUUCUACUCUCUUACACCUGGAUGGAAGUGGAUACCAUGCUUAGAUUGAACUGUGGCCAGUAUCGCUCUGUGGCUGAGGACCUGACCAAGGAUGCUCCAACAAGCUCAAACCUCCCUUCUUUGCUCCCAGGUUUGGAAGCACAGCGUUGGAAGAAGAUUGAGAAGUUUAUAGCUCAGUCCAACUCUCUCAGUCAGUAUUGUUUAAAACAGCUCUAUCUGCAGAAAAUGAAAAGGACUUUACUGCAGGCUAGUUCCCUGUCUGAAGAAGUCCUCCAUACUUUGCAGUAUGAUGCCUCCUACAUCCUUGGUUCUGCCACAGACAACUUGAGUCAAAAGACAGCGGCUUCUUGGGACGGGCAAGUAGGGACAGUGUGUGCAUCCACAUACCCUGUAGCACACUGGCACUUGAUUGUGUCCAACCUCCCAAUUUUAAUACCCUACCUAUGUCUGGAUGAUGUAAGGUGUGUCGCCAGCAUCCUAUUAAGUAUUUUAUCAACAAGCAAAGCCCAGGACGGCUCAACAGAUGAAGAGCUGUGUAUCACACUUGUGAAGAUUUCCACUGCCCUCAUUCAUAGCCCUCUCUUUCCAGAGACGCAGUCCCUCCAUUCCGCCUUCCUGAUGUGCUUAGUUGCAAGAUGUUGUAACAUUCUCUGCUCUGGUGACCAGGGUCUUCUCAGUCAACAACUACCUUGGCUCUUUGAAAAGGACCACACAAUUAUGUCUUAUUGGGAAACUAGAUUUGCAAAAGUUGGAACUGAAGGUAUAGAACCAAGAAGAGAAAUUGCCCAGAGCUUACUCUCCCUGGUCAAGGGUGACUUCCUCAUCCAUUUAGAGGAAGAGCAGCUAGAAAGCCUCCUGAGGCUUUUGCAAAUCAUUUCUACUUUACACUUGGAUAGCCUCUUACCACCCUACCAUGUGCAUUAUUUUCUCUUGUUGUUGUCCAUGGCUGUUACCACAGUAGGCUGCUCCUGCCCCUCCUUGGACCUCCAGUUCUUGGUGAAAUGCUACCAGCUUCUCGGCUGUUUACAGAGGGGUGGGAGUGCCCGGUCUGUGUUCAGGGUCUUCUAUGUUAGUGAUGUAUUUGAGAUUGUGCUAACAUCAUUGCUGCAAGCCAGUAGUAGACUCCUUAUUGAGGUAGAUGAUCCCAUGUGGCUGCAUCUCCUUCAAGUGGUAGGGAUGUUCCUGGAGCAACUGAUGCAGCUGCUCAUUCAGCUAAAGCUGAGUUUGGUGCUCAAUUUUGGGAAAAUCACUGCCUUCCUCUCAAGGUGUAAAUUGUAUACUGAGGCAUCUUCCACUAAGCAGUUGGAAAACCAGAUUCCUCUGGGAAGCCAGCUGAUUUUGGUGUCCCUAACCAAACUGUGCCAGGUCUUUGGAUCUUUUCUCAGAGAGCGGAGGCAGCCCCAGGAGGCACCAGCAGCGCUGCCUGAGCUGUUGCGACCGGCCUUGCUACAAAUGGGCACUGCACUGCAGCUGUGUUUCACAUCAGGGGCUGGAGUCCAUUGCUUGCCCUCAAUUGCCCUAGUGGCUGCCACCACACUCUUGGAAGUAGACCUGAAUCAGCACCGCAGGGACAGAGUGGUUGAGCCGGACAGAACACUGCCCUCCCAUGUGGCCCUCUACCAGGAUGUCUACAUGCAACUGCUGUCAGAGUUGCCAGCCCUCACAGGGAAUGCUCAGUCUUUCCAAGCAGCCUUGCGGUUCCUAACUCUGUUCUUCUCUGCUCCAGAGUUCCAUCCCAAGAAGGACUCUGUAUUUACCUCCAUAUUUAACUCUGUGAGAAGAGUUCUUGCAGCUCCUGAAGUUCCUGCUCAGAUCUCUCAGGAUUUGGACGUUCACUUGGGAGCCCUCUUCACCCAGAUGCUGGAGACUGGGACAACAGACGACUUGGCACUGGUGAUGCGGUGUGUGCUCCAGGGCCUGGAUGUUGGCUGUGCCUGGCGGGCAGACCUGCAGGCUGUUUUGUCUGCUGUUAGGUUGCUCAAGCUGCUAUUGAGUUGCCCACUCAGUGGAGAGAAAGCAAGUUUGUUGUGGCGUGCAUGCCCACAGAUUGUCACAGCUCUGACGCUGCAGAGCCGAGAGGCUUGUGGGGAGCAGCCUGUGGCCCUUGCACGGGUCAUACCUAUUCUUGAUGUCCUGGCUGCUCUGUUGCGGCAGGGGGAGGAUGCCAUCAGCAACCCCCACCACGUCACCCUGGCCUUCAGCAUUCUGCUUACCGUCCCCCUGGACCACCUGAGGCCACCAGACUAUAGGAGUGUCUUCUCAAGGUUGCACAACACACUCUUCUCCAUACUGCAGUGUCAUCCCAAGGUGAUGCUGAAGGCCAUCCCGUCUUUCCUGAACUGUUUCAACAGACUGGUGUUUUCAGUGAUCCAUGAAGGGCGCCAGAAAGACAAAGGGAGCACAGACGAUCUGGUGGUGGUCCUCGAGUGUGCACGCCUGGUGGAGAGGAUGUACAGCCACAUCGCCGCACGAGCUGAAGAAUUUGCUGUGUUUUCUCCCUUAAUGGUAGCCCAUUACGUAACAAAGGCACAGAAGGUGACCUUGUACCCAGCUGUGAAAGACCUGCUGCAGGAAGGCAUUUACCUCGUCCUGGACCUAUGCACUGAGCCUGACAUUCAGUUCCUGCGGGCCUCACUGCAGCCUGGAGCUAGAGACGUCUUCAAGGAGCUGCACAAUGACUACCUCAAGUACCACAAGGCUAAGCAGGAAGGAGAGAGAAGAUACACUGCCUAAUUGGACUGCAGGAGCACCGCCAGUGAGGAGCUGCACAGUGUCUACCCAGCACGCCACAAGGCUGAGCAGGCCGAGAGGGAAGAGUCGCGUAGCCGGGCUGUAGAAGCACCAUGGGGCCACUUGGCCAAGGCUUUGGCAUUGUGGUCUUAGAGCCUUAGAGGAAGAAGACCUCAGAUGCUCUGAUACACAGAGCCAGCACAUGUGGGAAGCCCUUACUAUUUUCUAAUGUACCUGCUCACUAUUUUCUAAUGUCCCUGCUAAGCAUAUGCUUUACCACUUGAGCAUACCCUGGCUCUAGUAUAUCUUUUUAUAAAUAAUUAUGUAAUAGAAUUCUGCAACUGGACCUUGGAAUGAGAAUUAUUGGUUCUUGUAAUUGUGUCCUUUGGAACUCUUAGCCUGAGUCAGAGGGUUGGUGUCCUCCUCUCCUGGCUAGGAACAAUGUAGAAGUUGGCAUUUUGCUUCUAGUCUAUAAUUAAACCCUAUUGAAAUAUCUCUGACCUUUAAAUUCUCAGUUAUCAUGGGAGGCAUUCUCAGGAUGUCACUUUUUUGCCUUUCCUGUGAGAUCCUCUGAUGGCACUGGAGACAGUUCCCUUUCUCCAGGUCAGUGGAUGCUCCGGGCAGGUGGAUGCUCCUAGCAGUGGUGCCUAUGUACCUGCCUGCUCUUCUGCUUUAGUCUGUGAAGCUUUUGGAAUUUUUUUUCUUUUGGUUUAAGAAAUAAUUUUGAUUAUUUAUUCUUAUUACUUGCAUAAUAUAUUUUCAUUGUAGCAAUCUGAGAAAAUAAAAGGGAAAUAUUUCAAAAACUGCU